AUGUCCGAGUUGCGAUUCGAUAACCAAACGGUGGUCGUCACCGGUGCCGGUGGUGGUCUGGGAAAGGCAUAUUCUCUCUUCUUCGCCUCAAGGGGUGCAAAUGUCGUCGUGAACGACCUCGGUGGCUCUCACAAGGGCGAGGGCAAGUCAGGAAAAGCUGCAGAUGAUGUCGUCCAGGAGAUCCGCGCUGCUGGCGGUAAGGCCGUCGCCAACUACGAUAGCGUCGAGAAUGGCGAGGCCAUCAUUGAGACUGCCAUCAAGGCAUUCGGCCGUAUUGAUAUUCUGCUGAAUAACGCUGGUAUUCUGCGGGAUAUCAGUUUCAAGAACAUGAAGGAUGCCGACUGGGAUUUGAUCAACACAGUUCACACCUACGGUGCAUACAAGUGCGCAAGAGCAGCAUGGCCUCAUUUCCGGAAACAAAAGUUCGGCCGUAUUAUCAACACUGCCUCUUCUGCGGGUCUAUUCGGUAGCUUCGGCCAGGCUAACUAUUCAGCCGCCAAGCUCGGCCAGGUCGGUUUUACCGAAACCUUGGCCAAGGAGGGCGCCAAGUACAACAUUCUCGCUAAUGUUAUUGCUCCUAUCGCUGCUAGCCGCAUGACCGCAACUGUCAUGCCCCCAGAUGUUCUGGAGAACCUCAAACCUGACUGGGUUGUUCCCUUGGUUGCUGCCCUUGUGCACUCAUCGAACGUUACAGAGAACGGUGGUAUUUACGAGGUCGGCGGUGGCCAUGUUGCCAAGCUCCGCUGGGAGCGAGCUAAGGGUGCUCUCUUGAAGACUGAUGAUUCCCUCACUCCCGGUGCUAUUGCCCGAAAGUGGAACGAUUUGAACGACUUCUCCCAGCCAGAAUACCCUAAUGGCCCUGCCGACUUCAUGAGCUUCUUGGAAGAUGGCUUGAAGAUGGCCAGUGCCCAGCCUGGAGAGGAGCCUGACUUCAAGGGCCGUGUUGCUCUGGUCACUGGAGGUGGUGCUGGCCUUGGUCGCGCAUAUUGCUUGCAGUUUGCCAAGCUUGGUGCCUCCGUUGUCGUUAAUGAUCUUGUUGACCCUGAGCCCGUUGUUCAGGAGAUCAGAAAGCUGGGUGGUCAGGCUGUUGGCAAUAAGGCCAGCUGCGAGGAUGGUGAUGCCGUCGUCAAGAGCGCCAUCGAUGCCUUUGGCCGCAUUGAUAUCCUGGUUAACAAUGCCGGUAUCCUGCGCGAUAAGGCAUUCACUAACAUGGAUGACAACCUAUGGAACCCUGUUAUCAAUGUGCACCUGCGUGGUACGUACAAGGUGACGAAGGCCGCCUGGCCCUACUUCCUCAAACAGAAGUACGGUCGUGUUGUCAACACCUCCAGUACCAGCGGUAUCUACGGCAACUUUGGCCAGGCCAACUACGCCGCUGCUAAGCUUGGUAUCCUGGGUUUAUCCCGCACUCUUGCCAUGGAGGGUGCCAAGUACAACAUCAAAGUCAAUACCAUUGCCCCUAACGCGGGUACCAACAUGACCCGUAGUAUCAUGCCCGAGGAGGUGGUCCAGGCUCUCAAGCCCGACUACGUUGCUCCUCUUGUAGUCCUGCUGUGUUCUGACAUGGCCCCUGAGCCCUCUACCAAGGGUCUAUUUGAGUGUGGUAGUGGCUGGUUCAGCCGCACCCGCUGGCAGCGCUCUGGUGGCCACGGCUUCCCCGUGGACGUUAAACUUACCCCCGAGGAGGUGCUUCGCAACUGGAAGCAGAUCACCAACUUUGAGGAUGGUCGUGCUGAUCACCCCGAGGACGGCCAAGCCGGUGCGGAGAAGAUUAUGGCCAACAUGUCUAACCGAGCACAUGGCAAUGUCUCGGCCGAGAACGAGACCCUGAAGAACAUUGCGAAGGCGAAGGCUCAGUCAAGCGAAGGUACGCCUUUCAAUUACGAGGACCGCGAUGUGAUCCUGUACAACCUCAGCGUGGGCGCCAAGCGCACCGACUUGCCUCUGGUCUAUGAAAACAACGAUCAGUUCCAAGCUCUUCCCUCGUACGGUGUGAUCCCCUGGUUCAACACCACUACUCCCUGGAAUCUGGACGACUUAGUGAAGAACUUCUCUCCUAUGAUGCUGCUCCACGGCGAGCAGUACAUGGAAGUUCGCAAGUUCCCCAUCCCCACCACCGCCAACACCUUGACCUACCCCAAGCUCAUUGAUGUUGUUGACAAGGGUAAUGCAGCCAUCGUUGUGGCCGGUUACACCACCAAAGAUGCCAAGACCGGCGAGGAUCUGUUCUACAACGAGUCCAGUCUUUUCAUCCGUGGUAGCGGCGGAUUCGGAGGCUCCCCCAAGCCCACGGUCCCGCGCGCCAAGGCUGCGACUGCUGCAUACAAGGUGCCACAGCGCCAGCCCGAUGCCGUGGUUGAGGAAAAGACCUCCGAGGACCAGGCCGCGCUAUAUCGCUUGAAUGGCGACCGCAACCCACUCCAUAUCGAUCCUGAAUUCAGCAAGGUCGGUGGGUUCAAGACCCCCAUCCUGCACGGCCUGUGUUCACUUGGUGUGUCCGCGAAGGCUGUCUUCUCCAAGUUCGGUGCCUACAAGAACCUCAAGGUGCGCUUCGCGGGCGUCGUCCUGCCUGGCCAGACCCUCAAGACGGAGAUGUGGAAGGAAGGCAACACCGUCCUCUUCCAGGCCACCGUUGUUGAGACUGGCAAGCCCGCCAUCACUGGCGCUGGUGCCGAGCUCCUCGAGGGCGCUAAGGCCAAGCUGUAA